GGCGAACCGCCUGCUGAGGACAUGCCGUCCACCUCAACUGAGGCCUCAGAUGAAUAUGCGACGUUGAAAUAUCAUUUAUUGGGUCCAUCCUUGACCAAAGCAGGCCAGGAUGCGGUCGACCAGCAGAAGGUGUCGCAAAUUAUAUACAAUGCUUCAAAAGGAUCGAAGUUCUUUAAUCAUGAACAAAGUCGCGAUCGGAUCUUGACAGAGAAGAUCGAACGUAUCUUAAAGGAGAAGGCCCGUCUGGAGAAUCUAGACUUGUCUCACGACCUACGGCGGGCGGACCAGCUUUUGGGCGAGCUCGAACUCAGUCGCGACUUAUCGCAAUAUGUUAUUCACGUCGACUGCGAUGCGUUCUUUGCUGCAGUUGAGGAACUCGAUCGACCUGAAUUGAAAAACGUUCCUUUUGCUGUAGGCAAAGGGGUCUUAACUACUUGUAAUUACGAGGCUCGAAAAUUCGGUUGCCGGAGUGGUAUGGCUUCAUUCGUAGCCAAGAAGCUUUGUCCACAGCUUAUCUGCCUACCCCAAAACUAUGAGAAGUACACUGCCAAGGCGCAGGAGAUUCGGGCCAUAUUCGCCCAAUACGAUCCGCUCUUCGAGAGUGCUAGCAUAGAUGAGGCGUACCUCAAUAUCACCCCCUAUUGCACAGCAAAUCAACUCGAUCCGGAAGAUGUUGUUAAUGCCAUGCGAGCGGAGGUGUUGGAAAAAACGAAAAUCUCCGUGUCUGCUGGUAUUGCCGCCAAUGCAAAGAUCGCCAAAAUCGCAUCUAAUCGCAACAAACCAAAUGGACAAUUUCGUGUUCCUAAUGAUAAAGAUACCAUCAUGGAAUUUAUGAAGGACCUCCCCGUCCGAAAGGUCAAUGGUGUGGGCCGAGUGUUUGAACGUGAGCUGGAUGCUGUUGGAAUCAAAACAUGUGGUGAUAUCUAUCCUCAACGCGCACUGUUGACCAAGCUAUUUGGUGAGAAGGCAUUUUAUUUUCUGGCCCAGUGUUACCUUGGAUUGGGUAGGACGAAGAUCCAGCCAGUGGAAAACUAUGAGCGGAAAAGUGUUGGCACUGAAAGCACGUUCAAUGAAAUGGGCGGCAAGGAAGCACUCCGAGAAAAGCUCUGGCUGACUGCCCAGGAGCUUGAGAAGGACUUGACUCGUACCGAAUUCAAAGGCCGUACAUUGGUGCUUAAGGUGAAGUUAGCCACAUUCGAGGUCCUAUCACGACAGUGUCAACCCCCAAGGGCCGUGUGCCUGGCCAAAGAUCUCUACGCAUUUUCUCUCCCAAUGCUAGAAAAACUUGAGAAAGAGAUCCCUAACAUGAAGCUGCGUCUUCUCGGCCUUCGCUGUACCAAUUUGGUAACCACUAAGAAAGGAGGGAUAGACUUUUUCGGUUGGGCUUCGCGUUCCAAACCUACCGCGGAGCCGACCCCGGAUACAGCUGAACAAGAGAUCAGUGCGGAAGAAGCAUUCGAGAGAGCUGCUCGCCAAGAGAUACAGGAAGACAUGAAUGAUCUAGAGAAGCUCAGCCAGGAGGUAUCGGAACCCAACGAGAUCAAUGAGUCUAGAGAAAACCCGGCCGCCCCAUCUGAACCCCAACCUACAUACUGGGAUUGCCCCGUUUGCUCCAAACCACAGAUUGCAGAGGACAGAACCUUCAACGACCACGUUGACUACUGUCUUUCAAGACAAACUAUCAAGGAGGUCAUUCAAGGCGCUUCACCAGAUAGUGAGCCCGCCCCAUCAAAAACCCGGAAGAGGAAGGGUACGUCGCAGGAGCCCGUUGACCCACGCCAGAAGCGACUGUUCUUUACGUGAUGCACAUUGUCUUCUCAUUCACUGGGAAUAUAUCAACCGAACAAGGUUUGCGGGUCUUCGCAAGAGUAACUACACGGCCAUGUUCAUUUACUUACGAACACGCAUCUCAUCCUACAAAUUUCUCGGUCCGCUACCAUCGCGCUCUAUGUUCUAGUUUGCCGUCCAAUGACCUUCGUUCAGCCUGCAUAUAGAGAGCCCGUCCUGUAAGACACUGCCCCCGCCACGAUGAGUGAAUCCUUGGAAUCUAGACCUCUUCUAAAACCUGGGGUGCUAGUUGUAUACCCUCCUUGCAUGGCCAGCAUUUUGACACACUACCCGCAUAACUCCCACCAUUGACACUCUGUGUUUUCCUGUGGGGUAGUAUAUCUAUAUAUAUUGGUUACUCAAAAGCCAGGUGAAUAAAUAAUACAUGUAAUUUUAGGCACUGAGUGAUCACCGCAGGAAGUGUACCAAUAUUUUGACAGCUCGUAAG